GGCUUUGCAGCAGCUCCUGGUUGCUGACACUGUAUCAAUCUGUCUGUCGGCUUUACCGGGCUGAAAAACAGCCAUUAAACAUUAUAGAGGAGACUGAAAGCGGAGCGAGGAGUCUGGAGACAUGAAAUACUCCCGAUCGUCGGAAUAUAUUCGCCUCGAAAUCUGAGGAGGCGAGCAGCUGCAGGGUUUUUGGGAUUCAGGACUCGGAGCUAAAGAGGAAUGAAGUGAAAUGUCCAGGCGGCGCUGCGCUGCGCUCUAACAGCGGGCUCUGGGAGCGUGAUGGCCGCGAUCCGCUGAGCUGGCCUUUCCGCUGUCUCUCCGGAUCUCUGCUUGUGCGUGCGUGCGUGCGUGCGUGUGUGUGUGUGUGUGUGUAAGAGAGCGAGAGAGCGCGUGUGUGUAUGUGUGAGUGUGUGGAGUACAUUGAUUUAGUGUGUGUGUGUGUGUGCACGCGCGCGCGUGUGAAUCCCAGCCAUUCCCGGCUCGUUUUUUCCCCCGUUUUGCCUUUGCCAUUAGGGAUCUAUGGAGUGCACAUAACCAUCGUUUGGAUCGGGGACAUCUCCGCAGGGGCAAAAAUGUGGGCAUUUGGGAAGUGGAAACCGAAACAACCCUGAGGCUACUGGAACAGCAUUUCUCACUGCCGCAGAUCGUCUGAGAAGGUCAGACCCCACUCCGGCACGCUUGGGCCGUUGGCAAUAAGAUGUCCCUAAGUAGUGGCACUGCAGGCGGGAAAGGUGUGGACUCGAAUGCGGUGGACACUUACGACAGCGGAGAUGAAUGGGACAUUGGAGUUGGCAAUCUGAUCAUCGACCUUGACGCCGAUCUAGAGAAGGACAAGCUUGAGAUGUCUGCCACUAAGGACGGGGGAGGAAUGGCCGCACCACCUAGCGCUGUAGCAGCUUUGCCGGACAAUAUCAAAUUCGUAAGUCCUGUGCCUGCUCAGGGCAAGGAUGGUAAGUCUAAAUCGAAGCGUAACAAAAACUCAAAGGAUUCUAGCAAGUCCUCGACCCCAGACGGGGCUAAGAAAGAGUCGCAGGCUCGGGCCCAGAGCGAGGGUACGGGCCCUGCUUCGGGCACGGCUACGGGAGCCAUAGCCAGCUCUGGCAAGGGUGCCGAUAAGAGUAACAAGACUUCCCGCAACGUUUCAAGUGGAAAGAAGGACAAAGACGGAGGAACCGGGAAAAAUAAAAAGGACAAAACUGAAGGAGUAGCAUCUGGAAAUGUGACUACAGAAAAGGACACAGCAGCUCCAGUUUUAACCUUAGGAGCAUCGCGCAAUACCCCGUUCGAGGGAAGGCAAAACUCAGACCUAACCUGUGCUGAACAAAUUGGGAAUAUCGCCAUCGAUGCUGCUGGAAUAGUUCCUCCUUUGACUAUUAAAAGUGAACCUGAAGAGAUGGAGAACACCGACUGUAGGAACUUGAAGAAAAUCAAAAGUGAAAAGAUGGAUUCCCCAGUGUCGACACCGGCCCCGCCACCUCUUCAUCUCCUCGCUCCAGUUGGCAGCACUGAUAUCUCCUCUCCUUGUGAACAGAUCAUGGUCCGCACACGCUCAGUCGCUGUCAAUACAUCUGAUGUAGCUCUUGCCACAGAGCCAGAGUGUCUGGGCCCCUGUGAGCCUGGCACCAGCGUCAAUUUGGAGGGCAUUGUAUGGCAAGAAACAGAGGACGGUAUGCUGGUAGUGAACGUCACCUGGAGGAAUAAAACCUAUGUGGGCACUCUCCUCGACUGUACCAGGCAUGACUGGGCCCCUCCACGAUUUUGUGAAUCACCCACAAGUGAUAUGGAGAUAAAAAAUGGGCGAGGCAGGGGGAAAAGAAUGAGACCCAAUAGCAACACUCCAGUUAAUGAGAAUAGCAACUCCUCUGACAACAAGGGGAGCAAUAGCAGCAAGACACGGGCGGCAUCCAACAACAAAGGAAGACGGGGCAGUCAGAACUCUUCAGAGCGCCGUACACCACCUAAUAGUAAUACCGAGGACAUCAAAGCCAGCCCAUCAUCUAUAAACAAACGCAAGAGCAAGCCUGCCUCAGACAUGGAGCCAAAUUCUAGCUCGGAGGACACCAAAGGUAGCAAGCGUAUGCGCACCAGCUCAAACAGUGGAAUGUCUCAUACUGUCCUUCCCAUUCCCAUUAUCAAAGCAGAGCCCCUGCCCCCUUCUCUGGAUCGCAGCUGCCCCUCCCCGGUGCUUAUUGACUGCCCCCAUCCCAACUGCAACAAGAAAUACAAGCACAUAAAUGGCCUGAAGUACCACCAGGCUCGCGCCCACAAUGAUGAUGAUAUCAAACUGGAAAUGGAUGGGGACAGUGAAUAUGGGGAGGAUUCUACUUUGCAUCCAGAACCAGGCAGCUGCAAUGGAGCCUCUAUUUCACAGAAAGGCUGUGUCUCUCCGGCUCGAUCUGUUACUCCUAAAGGCAGAGGGUUUGAUGCUCAGAGCCCAUCACCUUCAUCGGGCAAGUAUGCCUCCAAACAGUCCAGCAAAAAGAAGGCUGAGGCUGACCAUGACUCCGGAGUGCAUUUAGAUGGCUGUGAAGAUGGUCCAUGCCUAACAGACGAGGCUAGCAAUGAUGGCAUUGAUGACAAGAAAAGUUUAGACAAGGCUAAAAAGUCUGGUUCCAAAGCAGAUAAGCUGUCUCAGAAGUCUGUAAAGUCUGCAAGACCGAUUGUACCAUCUAUACCACCGCAACAGCUCUAUGGUUUGCAAACGUCAAGCUUCCCUGCGCCCAACUCUAGUUCCUCUAUGAGCAUGAGCACGGUGGUACAGUCAGUUCCCAAAAGCCCACAGCUGAAAGCCAUCCAGCCUAAGCCUCAAGUAAGUGGAGACCCUUCCAUGAACCCGGCUUUAAGUGGUUCCAAGGACAAAAAGAAAAAAGACAAGAAAAAGAAGGAGGGUGCGAAGGAGGGUGACAGUCCCAAAGCCCCUGGAAAGGGUGGGAAAUCUGACGAAGGAAAGAGUCCUUAUUCUGAAUCCUCAGACCCAGGCAGCAAGAGUGAUUGUCUUCUCAAUGGUUCAACAGAUCCUCAUCAGAGUCGCUUGGCCAGUAUCAAGGCUGAAGCUGAUAAAAUCUAUAGCUUCACUGAUAAUGCUCCCAGUCCAUCAAUUGGUGUAGCAAGUCGGAUAGAUAGCGGAGGUAUGCCCCAGCCUCUCACCCCACUCCAUGUAGUCACCCAGAAUGGGGCAGAUAACUCCUCGGUGAAAACCAACAGCCCAGCCUACUCUGACAUUUCAGAUGCUGGUGAAGAUGGGGAGGGCAAAGUAGAAGGUGUGAAGGUAAAGUCUGAGGAUCAGGCACCCAGAGAAGGUGCUAAAAAGGCUCUUUUUGCCACACAGCCUCCAAACAAAGAGUCUCCCUACUAUCCCAACUACGAGACGUACUACUCGCCUAACUAUGCCAAUCCAAAUCCCAGCCCAGGGGUCUCAAAUACUGGUGUACUUUUGCAGGAUAGCCCUGUGAAGGUAAAGAAAGAAGAAGAGAAUGACGUAGUGGAAGAAAAAGGCAAAUUGGAGCAGCCUGAAGAUCGCAAGGCAGAUAUUAGCACGUCUAGUCAACAUCAACAACAGCCAUCUGUCAUCCAGCAGCGGUCUAAUAUGUAUAUGCAGCCUCUAUACUAUAAUCAGUACACCUAUGCCUAUGGGUAUUCACCCGACCAGGCUUAUCAUAAUCAUUUGAUGAAUACUAAUCCAGCCUACCGGCAGCAGUGUGAGGAACGGCAGAGGCAAGCUGCCGAGCAACAUAGAGUGGGAGAGAAGAAAUCGGAGGCUAUCCAGAAGGACAGGGAUGUUUCGAUGAAGUCAGAGGAGUGGAAACAAAAAGCGUCGGUUCCUCCGACUUUGUCUAAAGCACCGAGCCUCUCAGACCUUGGUAAGCCCUCACCCCAGAGCAAGCCCAAAGAGCUGACCUCUGAGCCAGCCAAAUCCGUCAUCAUCCCAAAGACGGAAGAUGGGAAGCCGCCAGCCCAGCCACCUGAAGGGCUAAAGAUGAAACUGAGUGAAGGUGGACACCAUGGAAAAGAGGAGCAGAAGCCCAGUAUUGAUUCUGGAAGGCCAUCAGCCAUGGAACAGGCCAUGUACAUGUACAGACAGGAGCCUGAUUCCCGACUAUGGCCCUACGUUUAUCCCAGCAAGUACCCCGAAGCACAGAAGCAGCUAGAUGAGGAGAGGUGGAAGGAAGAGCGAGAGCGAGAGCGAGAGCGAGAGCGAGAACGAGAACGAGAACGAGAACGCGAUAGAGAUCGAGACAGGGAGCGAGACAGAGAUCGAGAGCGAGACAGGAAAAGUAAAGAGGAGAGACCUCGUCCCAAAGAUCCUCUGAAAGAUGAGGUCAAGGAUGUGGUUGAGCCACGGACCUCAGCAGCCUCUGAGGAACAUAGAGGGAUCAGUAAAGACCCCAGAGCCCAUAUGCAGUUCUCUUCAGCUCUGCCUCAGCACCAGUCUUAUAUGCCAUACAUGCACGGCUACCCCUACAGCCAGGGUUAUGACCCAAGUCACCCAGGAUACAGAGGGAUGCCGUCUGUCAUGAUGCAGAACUACCCAGGGUCUUACCUGCCAGCAGGUUACUCAUUCUCACCGUACAGCACUAAGAUUUCACCAGGUGAAGACAGUGAUAAAGCUCGUGCCAGUCCGACAGUUACCGGGAAAUCAGCUUCGGAUUCGAAAGCAUUGGAUAUUCUGCAUCAGCAUGCAAGUCAGUACAAGAGCAAAUCGCCCACAGUGGGUGACAAAGCGUCUCACGACAGAGAGAGAAGCGGAGGCGAACGAGAGCGCGAAGGUGACCGACCACGAUCCUCUCCCUCGCAAAGAAUAAUGCCUUCCCAUCACCACCUGGGUUACUCUCUUAUCUCUGGACAGUACGAUUUGUCUUACGCCCCUGCCAUUGUUGCGAGUCAGCAAGCCUCUGGCCCUUCACUGUACCCCCCUGCACGGAGGUGAGAACGGCACACCUGACAACAUCAGUACUGUUCCCUGAAUUUUGCUCCAGCACCUCCAGAUGGUGACUCGUGGACCUCAAGCUUCCCUGCAGCCAUGUGAAGAGAUCACAUGAGGAAAGAUUGUGGACUUUAUGACAUCAGUUCAAUGGUGUUCCUGAAUUUUUUUUUUGUUGGUUUGUUCUUCCCGGAUAUCCCAGUGUCUUUGACCCCCACCCAUCAUUGGAGAUGGAUGAGGGGGGUUGCCAAUAUCGCCCCAGGCCUAUGCCCCCUUCGGAAGAGCUCAGUCAACACGUCCCUUCUGUCACACUAAUGAGGUACUCAUGAGGGAUGAGACACGGUGCCUUCUGCACAGAGUCAUGAUGUGGUAGCUCUUAAAAAAACAAACUUAAAUUUGAGGAACAUGCGGGACAGAGGAAACAGGAAAUGGACAGCAUGGAAAUAUCAUGUGACUACUUUGCUUUGUUUACUAGUCUGGGUCUUGAAGAUUUUUAAAAAAACAAACUUGACGGAACUGUUACUCAAGUGCCCCAAGGACACACAAAUUGAUGGAUAUUUCUUUUCUUUUUGCCUUUUCUGCAUUCUUUUUUAAGAAGGAGAAAGAAAACAAUCAUCAUCCUCUCUCCGGGUUGUCUCUUCUCGUUUCUUGUCCAGACACAAACACCGGCUGGACUCUAUGCAAGCUAUCGAUGCUCACCUCGUUCAUCCAGUUUAGAUUCAGGGGAUAUGCUACAGUUCCUGUUAGGGGAAGUUUUAUGUCUGCUAACAGGAGUUCAUAGAAAUGAGCCUUUUGUAGUUUUGUUAAGACAUUUUACAACACCACUCUCUUCUAAAUCAGCCUGUGUCGAUCACCACAUCUUUCUUUUAAGGAGACAAGCAGACCUUUUGUCCACUUGGCUAUGCUUGAAUGCUAGACUGGCUACCAGGUUUUUUCCUCCAAGGGGCUCCACAAUACUCCGGUGCCGUUUCUGCUCUGUAUUUAAAUCCACAGUUUGGGACUACUGACCCUUUGGCUGCUUUAUAGAUAAGGUGCUGCAAAGGACUCCAUUCGUAAGGGAGAGAGGGAGACGAGACUAGAGACUAGACUGCUUUCUCUGCUAGGAGGCUGGACCUGGAGUAGUGCCUUCCUUUGUGGCAGCACAACCAGCACCUCUGAGCAGCUCUGCUAAAAGGAAGGCAUUCAUACUCUUCUUCCUCUCCGUGGCCAGGCUUCUGUAACUGAGCCGGUCUUUCUGUGACGUGUCGCAUGUGCCCGUGUGACAUGGGAAUGACUAGAGGUUUCUCCAAACCCACAUGGCCUGGUCGUAAACUGUCUCUGUUGUUCACGAUGCUGCUGCUUGAGAGUCUCAUGCCAAACUGCAUGACCAGAGUGUAAGACCUGAGGGGGGAUGAACCCUCACGAAGAGCUGAAAGAGGAGGUCUGUACGCAACGUUCACGUCUGUGUGCUGUGGCUAAACAGGCAGCACUAGACCCACUAUGUGAGGUCCGUAGUUGGGUCAGUACUCUACAUGGACUUCUCUGAAUACAUCGAUGUGUAGAGAUACUGUAUAUGCCUGACAGUGGAGUACGUGUGCUUUGUCCGUGUUUUCAGAGCCGUUUGGUUUUUUGUUUUUUUUGUUUCUGGAUAAACCCCCAGGUCCUUCUCCUUCCUUUUUCCACUCUGUCAUGUGUAUCUCCGUGGUGUAGCAUAGCACUAGAAAAAAAAAAAAUUAACCUACACCGAGAAAGAGGCAAGCCGUACACGUUUGCCUCACUUUCCUGUUGCUACCAACCCCCCUUCUCUCUCACACAUGCACUCAAGAUGUGCUUUCUGUAUAUAUUGUACAGAGGAAUUAUUUUAAAGAGGUUGUUGGAUGCUAUUGGAUUUUCCUACUCUUUUUUUUUUUCUUUUUUUUUUGGUCUGUUAGCAUUUUUUUCUACUAUUGUUGAUAUGAAUAUGUAGCUGGUGUAACGGCUUUAUAAUUGAAGUGUUAUAUAUUAAAUUUUCAGACCCCCCCCCAACCCCCACCCAUUCUUCCCCUUUUUUUUUUUCUUUCUCGCGAUCCAUGUUUGCCAAGCAUGUCACCACUUCAAUGUCCGGUUUUAGUUGGGUUUGUUCACGGUUGUUUACGUAACAGAUAUAUAUGCCAGCAACCUUGUGGUGAGAUAUAUUAAAGUAAUUUGUCCGGAUUUGUGCUAGCCUACAAUAAAUAAAUAAAUACUGGUCAGUUGAAGUUUUCGGCUCCCGUCAGAUUUGCCCUAGUGCCAUUUUCCCCGUGCUGUCAGGAGCCAUGCAGGUUAAUCCCCUUAAAGCUUAUUAUUUAGUUCGUUCUGUACGACUAAACGGGAAAGAUGAGCGAGGAAUGUAAAUGUGAAACCGCUGAUAAAACCAGUUCCCUGUGCUUCCCUGUAAUGACUUUUACCUUCUUCCGUAAUACUCACCUCAUUAACACGAGGCAGGUUUACUGUAUUUCUGAAUAAGAGGUUUAUCCCACACUAAACAAAAAAAAUAAAUAUCACACACCGAAUAACCGGAUGGACUGAUCCACACGUUAUCACUUCACGUCCUACUUUAAACACUAACAGACAUUCAGGUUUAGAACUAGAGCUGCAUUCAAAGUUCCCGAUUUUUCCUUCAUGAAUCAGGAGAGCUGGUUUUCUGGCCGAUUGCUGGACAGAUAAUUUGAACACUUUUUUUCACCCUAAACACUCUCGUUAUUGUUUUUUGUUGUUUUUUUUUUAAGCUGAGAUAUGAUGAUGAUUUUUUUUUAUUUUUCUCAUACCCAAAUAUCCAAACUGUACUAAUUUACACAAAGGAAAGAAAGAACCCUUGGGAAUACGGGGACAGAUUUUUACCUAAGUAGUAGUAACUGUUUUAUCUUUGAUCAUAUAACCAGUUAACGUGCUGUCUGGUGAAAAAGCGCUUGUAAUAAGUUAUUUUUGAGGCGAUUUCAGUACUUGUUUAAUCUGAGUGAGUCGAGUCGGUCAGUUUUAUUUUUUGUUUUGUUUUGUUUUGUUUUGUUUCGAAGCUUUCGCAGAUCUGUCUCAUACGGUGCUACGACGCCUGGUCCCGUGCGGUCCUUGACGUGAGGACAAUGUGUUUUGUCACACACACACCCCCAUUGAUACUUCCUGAUAUAUUUCGUCCCUACAAAUUGUCGUACCCAUGGUUGCCCCACCCCCACCCCCACCCCACCCCCCACCUCCAUUUCUCAGUUAUUGGUACUUGAAAGAAAGAUGUUUACAGCUUUUGUUCAUUUUCUAUGUUCGGAUGCAUUUCUCUUGUAAUCCUGUCUGUCCCUCUUCCUCUGCAUCAUUCUUUCUCUGCCUCUGUCCCUCACUCUCUUCCUGGGGUUGUCGUAUGUAAAGUGUACAUUGCCACAUGUCUUCUUCUUUUUCUUUUUUUUUUUUAUACAAUAUUCUAACUUGCCUUUGUACAUUUAGGCAGAAAAUAAAUCUUUUUAUGAGACAAUCA